AAUCAGAAGCGAUACCUUUAAGUAAUUGGUGGGAAGGAAGAGGACCCAUUCGGGGGCCAAACUCCCGUUGAUGAGAAUGUGAAGGUAUAAAAUGUGUAGAGACGCACUCAUUUCCUACACUUUAACUAUCUUUACUCUCCAUCCUCUUGUCUCCUUCAGCUAAGCGCACAUCUUCAAGCAUCGAAAUGACACAAUCUCAUCCCAAACCUGAUUAUGAUGUCCUUAUCGUCGGUGCCGGGUUCUCCGGGAUCUUCCUCUUGUACCAGCUUCGCAAGCUAGGCUAUAAAUGCAAGAUCUACGAGACCGCCCCGGACCUCGGCGGAGUAUGGCACUGGAACACCUACCCCGGUGCCCGUGUAGAUACAGAGAGUUUUAUCUACCAGCUCUCUAUCCCGGAAGCAUGGAAGGACUGGGACUGGAAGGAAAGAUUUCCCAGUCGUGACGAGCUGCAGGCAUAUUUCCAGCAUCUGGGUAAAGUACUCGAUAUCAAAAAAGAUGUCGAGUUCGAAACAAGAGUUGUUGGGGCGCAGUUCGAUCGGGAUAGCGCCCUGUGGAAGGUGAAGACCGAGGAUGGGAAAAUUGCUACUUCGCGUUUCUUUUUACCCUGCGUUGGAACGUCGACGAAACGCUAUGUGCCUGAUUUCCCUGGUCUAGAGACUUUCCAGGGGGAUGUUUAUCAUUCUUCAGCCUGGCCGCGGGAGGGAGUAAAUGUUAAAGGGAAAAAAGCCGCUGUCAUUGGAACGGGGUCCAGCGGCGUUCAGAUCAUCCAAGAAUGGGCCAAGGAAGCAGACACUCUUACUGUUUUUCAACGAACGCCAAAUCUAGCUCUUCCCAUGGGCCAGGAAACCUAUACGGCGGAGGACCAAGCACAUAUCCGUUCCCGCUACCCGCAGGUCUUCGAAGACAGAGCGAAAACAUUUAGUGGGAAUUUGGAGGAUUUCCUACCGACGAAAUUGUUCGAUGCCUCGCCUGCAGAACGGGAAGCCUUAUUCGAAGCGAACUGGAAGAAGGGCGGGUUUUCGUUUAUUCUAGACAACCACUCGGAUAUAUUACUGGAUGAAAAGGCGAAUCGUGAAUUAUAUAAUUUCUGGGCGAAGAAGACACGACAGAGGAUUGUUGAUCCUCGCAAAAAAGAUCUUCUGGCUCCCCUGGAGCCGUUUCAUGCUCUGGGGGCAAAACGGUCCUCCCUAGAGCAGGAUUAUUUCGAACAGUUCAAUCGAUUAAACGUUGACAUAGUCAAUCUGCGUGAAGUCAAGAUCGCUGAGGUCCAACCCACCGGUAUCGCUACUAGCGAUGGAAACCUUUAUCCUGUUGAUGUUAUUGCCGUAGCUACAGGCUUUGACGCGGUGACCGGCCCCAUCACGAAUAUGGGCCUUAUAAACACGGACGGUAAGCCGCUGGUUGAGGAGUGGAAGGAUGGUGUCCACACGUACUUAGGCAUGACGAGCCAUGGCUAUCCGAAUAUGUUUUUCAUUUACGGGGCUCACGGUCCUACGGCACUGAGCAAUGGUCCGGUGUCCAUUGAGCUUCAGGGCCAGUGGGUUAUUGAUGCGAUUCAAAAGAUCGACAAGGGUGGAUUGUCGUAUGUUGAGCCUACGGCUGAAGCAGAGCAAAAGUGGAAAGAGUUGGUGAAUCAAAUUACCGAUAUGACCUUGUUGCCAAAGGUGGACUCCUGGUAUAUGGGAGCCAAUAUACCCGGCAAGAAGCGAGAGCAUCUUAAUUUUCCGGGUGGCCUAGCGCUGUAUGAACAGCAGUGUCGGCAGGCCUUGGAAGCAUGGGAGGGCUUUAAAACUGUAUAGGUUUAUUCUCGAGGCUACACCACUCGCCGAGGUUUCCGUAGAUCAUUACAGAAGGAUUAAUAGUCAUGAUUUCAUUGACAAAUAUCUAGUCUCUAUAGUCAAGUCUUAUACUAUUGCUAUAGUCGAG